CUCGGCACAGCUCGUUUGCAGCCCUAGCCUGUAGUUUUUAUUUUUUUUAGAACGAAAAUGCCCUCAUAAAACCAAAAUACUCCAUAUCCAUGCUUGUCCCAUCUCUUGCAUCUCUCUUCUCAUACACCAGAUAUCUAGUUCUUCACAACCCUUCUUCCCUUCUCUCACUGGUCGCCAAAUGAUGCUUAUCGACUGAUCAAAGAUACUGCAGGGAAAAUGGCAGAGCUAAGCAUGGGAAUGUUGAUAGAUAUUGUGGAUGAGGAAUGGAUGAGAGAUACUCUCCCACAUGACGAUCUUCCUUUGCCGCCAGUAGCUGUUGUUCGGGCAGAUGAUACAGAAGACUCUAAUGAAGAGACUCAAACAAUCAAUGGAGAUGCUUGGCAUGAUCUUGCGUUGGGAUCCCAGUAACGGUUUCAAAUACUAUAGCCUUAUGUUUGGAGAGACCUUGAAUUUGGAUAAGAUGUAAUAUAAAAUUAUAUUGAAAUUUCUUUAAAUCCAAUCAAGUCCAAACUCAGGGUUUGAAAUCCAUGCUCCGAAACGCAACAUAAGGGUAGUGUCUUUGGCUGUUAUAGUUGGCUGCUGUUAGUUUAUUGUGGGAACUAUUUUGUAUUGAAUUUGGUAGGUAACUAAAUUUUAACCCAGCUGAAGGUAGUUGGAAAAA